UUUGUCCCGAACCGCCAUCAUCUAUCCCAGCCAUCCACUUCCUUUCCCGCCUUUCUAACACAUCUUCGUCGCCAUGUACGCCACUAUCAACCGCCUUUUCCUCCUCGUCGCGGCUGCGCUGUUCGCUGCACCUGCGCUUGCUGCGCCGGCUCCCCAUGCCACCAUGGAGGCGAGCAACGCCUACAGCGGCGCGGGAGGUCUGGCACCUGGCGGGUCCGUUAACCACGCCCAGACGGACAAGCAGCCGGGGAUUCUUGGCCUCGGACAGGGCGGGCCUCUCCUUAAUGCGUUCUCAGGCAACGCCGGCAACGGCGGUGACAGCUCGUCCGGAUCCAGUGGCGUCAGCCGACUCACUGGGGCGAAGGCGCACUGCACUCGCGACAACGCCAAAGAACACUGGCGGCGUAGCAUCACGCAAACCGGCAACGCCUACUCGGGCGCUGGCGGCAAUGCAGCGGGCGGUGCUACCGACGGAGAGUCGGGCUUGAUUAACUUGUGGUCUGACAAUGCUGGGGACGGCGGCAACGGAGGCUCUGGCACGAGCGGUUGCUGAGAAGGAGGUUUCGUGACCACAGACUAGGAGCAUUCUUGGGACAUUUACUAUAGAGGAACAUUAUUGACUAUCACUCCAUGGACAGCUGUACCAUACACACACCUGUACUAUUAGCUCACACACCACUAUCUGCGCGCGCAACGUUGUCCCGUCGGGU